UUGGGUUAAUUUCCUCUUUUUCAUUCUUCCUUGUGAAGAAUCCCGCUGCUCUUCCAUUUCCUUACUAGAGACAGGGUUCCGAGCCCUCGAACCUGCCCUGGGCAGCAGCAACUGUGCCCACCGCUCACCCUUCCCCACCCCCAGAGGCAAAAGCCCCAGACGCUUAGUCCGCCUGGACAGCAGGGGGCACCUCGAGCCCAGCGCCUCUCCUGGGUCCCACAGCCGCACUUCUCAAGUCUGCUCUCUUCAGCUCCUGGCCAGGGUGAGGACCCAGGAGGAGGAGCGGGUGCAGCCGAGGAUCCAACCAGGAGGAGAGGCUGGUCCUGGCCCUUUUCUGAGGCUUCUCCCCAGCUGGCCUCACCCUGGGAGCCUGAGUCCAGAGAGCAGGAAGUGCGGACACUGACGAGAGAAAUAUGGGUCCUGUGGGCUGUGCCUUCCUGCUGUCCCUCCUGCUGGGUGAGCCCCCGAGGUGGAGGUGGGGGGAGGCAGAGGGUUUUUGGCUCAAGAAGUUGCCACAUAGACUACUAGGACACUGCACACAAGGGACGUGACUUCUGAAGGGUGUGCCCUGAGAACGUCUGAGGGGACCCUCUGUGCCAGGGUCAGCAAAUCAGCGUUCUAGGGUCUUUCCUAUCCUCUUUCCAAAAGAAAACCCUCCAGUCAGGUGAGUGGUUUCCACUUGGGUCCAAGACUGCUGGGUUUGGAACUGGAAUAGGACAGAGAAUGGAGGCUAGGGAGGACUCAGGUCCUGGGAAUGGAUGGGAGUUUGGAGAUGAUGAGAAGAUGGGGAUCAGAAGAACAGGACAACCAGACUUUCACAUUUCUCUCUCCUCUUUCUGUAGUGUGUGGACGACCUGUACACUCAGGCCGUGUUGUGGGUGGCAAGGAUGCUGCUGCCAUGCGCUGGCCUUGGCAGGUCAGCCUGAAGUUCUCCAACUUCCACAUCUGUGGGGGCUCCCUCAUCAGUGAUAGGUGGAUAGUCACAGCAGCACACUGCUUACAAACGACAUGGAUUCCUUUCUUAUACACUGUGUGGCUGGGGUCAAUUCAUAUCAACAAUCUAGGCGAAGGCGUGAUACAUCAUGUGAGCCGAAUGGUCAUCCAUCCCACAUACAAUAAUGCCAGUGGGGACAUUGCCCUGCUGCGGUUGUUCACUAGAGUCACCUACAGUUCUUCCAUCCUGCCCAUCUGCUUGUCCAAUGUCAAAAAAAAGCAGUUGAUAGUUCCAGGCUCUUGCUGGGUGACUGGAUGGGGAAAACUGCGAGAAGGAGAUGCUGAUAACCCUACCACACUCCAGGAAGCAGAAGUACCCAUCAUUGAACACCAGAAAUGUGAAAACAUAUACAACCCACUGGCCCCCUUCUUGCCGCAAGCACAGCCGGUCAUCGAGGAAACCAUGGUGUGUGCCGGUGAUCUUAACAAAGGGAAGGAUACCUGCCAGGGUGAUUCUGGAGGGCCUCUGGCAUGUCAUAUUGAUGGUAUAUGGAUCCUGAUAGGGUUGUCAAGCUGGGGAACAGGAUGUGGUACUUCUUUUCCUGGAGUCUACACCAAUGUGACCUACUACCAAAAAUGGAUUAUGUCUGUUAUCUCAAGAGCUGAGGUCUUAGGUGCAAACAACCUGGACUUAUCUGACUUCUUAUUCUCUAUUGUACUGCUUUCUCUGGCUCUACUGGGACCCUCCUGUGCCUUUGGGUCUAACAUUUUACCAGGACAGUAGGAAGUGUAGCUGACACUGCUGACCAAGGAUGUGGCUAGGAAGGAAGGUGUGGAGAAUAAGCACUCUGGGCAGGGAAGUCACACAUACUGUCACUGGGAACUCUGGAUGACUUUAUUAAAAUAAUCAAAAAUGAUCCUGGUUUUGAGGUCCUUGAUUCUGGAAGUAGCUUUUACUGGCUGGAAUGCCUACAGCUGAUAAAUAAGAAUGCCAUUUUGUGUAUGGCAUUCUUUGUCCUUGACAAUGCAACUUACAAGGCAGGAAGGAUGCCUUCUAUGAAGAAGUAUGUCCACAGAAGCCAGCAAGAAAAAAAAAAGACAAAUAGUAAGGUCCUCAAGAAAGUACAUUAAGGGUUUACUCAGUACCCAUGGGUCAAAUUUGAGUUUCUUACCUGGUCUAUAUUUCUCUUCUUCUUCUACUAUCUUAUACUUCCCCUCUGUAGCAAAGUAUCAAAUAAGAAAUCCAAGAGUUAGGGUCAUUCUCCCCCGCCCCCCGCCCUUGCGGAGGGCUAUAGAGCACUUCUCCCAUAAUUUUUGUAGGUCUUGUGAGAUAAACAAGACUAACAACAACAAAAAAAAGA